CUGCUGGUUGUCGUGGCCACGCUCGUGUGCGCACUGCUCUUCAUGCUGUUUGGCUGGUAUGUGGUCUGGCAGCUCUUCCUGUCCAAGUUCAAGUUCCUGCGUGAGUUGGUGGGCGACGCCGGCACGCCACAGGCCGACGCCCCUCCGGCGCCACCGCAAAGCGAGCGUCCCGCCGGCGCCACGCGGGGCCGAAGCCGCGCCGCUCGCCACCGGCCGGACGCCGCCUCCUAG